AAGCAGGUGUCUGCUACUUCCGGUACUUACUAAUUUAUGAGGAAUCGAAGGAAAAUCAUUUUCAAACUGUCACUGUGAGUGAAAAAGUCCGAAUUUUUAUAGCGUUUGAAAUAUUUCUUCAAAAUACUGGGUCGUACACAACAUGCAUCACUGAAUCAGAAUUAAAGAACAUUCUCGUUUUACCUGUUGUGUGCUGUCAAAAUGGAGUUUGCGGAGUUCAUCAAAGUACCUAUGGUAGACAAUGUCACUUUGUACAGACCUUUCAAGGUCCCUGAUAAUGGCACGCUCUGUAUUACGGGUCACCACAUGAUAUUCUCUACAAGGCAGACAGAAAAUCAUGAAGAACUUUGGCUCUUGCACAGUGCUGUGGAUGCUGUUGAGAGAAAGAUGAUGCAGUCCAAUGGUAAGGUGUCCAUUAUUCUCAGGUGUAAGGACUUUAAAUUUUUGUCGCUGGAGAUUGAGAAUGCUGAGGUUAUGAAUAGUGUGGCCACAUCCAUUGAACAGUUGUCUAAUAUAGAUGAUGUCACUCUGAAAUACCCUUUUUUCUAUCGAGCAAUGUUUGAGCCAUUGGAAGAUGGCUGGCAGGCCUUCCAGCCCGAGAACGACUACCCGAGAUUUAAGGAGUGUGCAGAUGAAUGGCGGGUGACCAACAUUAACAGGGAAUACAAAAUCUGCCCUUCCUAUUCUCAUUCGGUUAUCGUUCCAAAAUCAAUCGAUGAUGAUACAGUCAUUAAAUCCUCACAAUUUCGUCAACAUGGUCGUUUUCCUGUUCUCAGUUACUACCACAGACAGACAAAGGCAGUGAUGAUGAGAUGUAGCCAACCUCUGACGGGUCCAAACAACAAACGAUGUAAAGAGGAUGAAAAGCUUCUGAAUGCUGUACUGGGAAUAGGGAAGAGGGGGUACAUCAUCGACACAAGAUCCCAGGCCGCAGCCAAGGCCUCACAGACUAAAGGCGGGGGUUAUGAGCCUGAUGCCCACUAUUCACACUGGAGGAGAAUUCACCAGAGUAUUGAGAAGAGACAGACAUUCCACGAGUCCCUGAUCAAACUCUUAGAAGCAUGUACUGAUGAUGGCUGUAGUAUGGACAAAUGGCUGUCGAAGCUGGAAUCCAGCAACUGGUUGACUCAUGUUAAGGAUGUAUUAACAUGUGCUUGUACUGUAGCUCAAUGUAUCGACUCGGAAGGAGCCAAUGUCCUAGUCCACGGGUCGGAAGGCUUUGACAGCACGCUCCAGAUCACUUCUCUAGUCCAAGUCGUCCUAGACCACGACUGUAGAACCAUCAAUGGGUUUGAAGCUCUGGUAGAAAGAGAAUGGCUGCAAGCAGGACACCCCUUCAAUGACCGCUGUGUCAAGUCUGCUUUUGCUGUCACAAAGAACAGACAGGAGUCCCCAGUCUUCCUUCUCUUUCUGGACUGUGUGUGGCAGAUUUGGCAACAAUUUCCCUGCUCCUUUGAGUUUAAUGAGGACUUUUUGGUUGCCUUGAUUACUCAUGCCUACUACUCUGACUUUGGAACAUUUUUGUGUAAUAAUGAGAAAGAAAGAAAAAAGUUCAAGCUCUCAGAAAGAACAGUUUCUUUGUGGACAUAUUUGACAAGACCAGAAAUACUUGAGCAGUACCUUAAUCCAAUGUAUGACCCCAAUCCCCAUGUCAUCUGGCCAUCAGUUGCUCCUCAGAGUCUGGGUGUAUGGACAAGUUUAUAUCAAAGAUCGUACAUAAAAGAUGCAAAGAAAAAAGAAGCCUGGAGGGAAAUUGACAAGAUUCAGUCCCGGGAUAAAGAACUGAGGUCAAGGGUCGCAAAACUAAGAAGGAUGUUGGCGUCUCUAGAGAAAGAAGCUCUGUCUUCAGGAGUCAUGAUGCCGACAGAUUUAGAAGAAGACUGUACACUGGAGGGGGGCACGUAGAAGAGCUCGCUUCUGAUAUCCGUGCAAUAUAUACCGAGAACCUACAGGGGUAGUGUGCAAUACACAGAACAGCCUGAAUAGAGUUAACCAUUAAAUGGAUGCUUUUUUCAUCUAGAUAUAUUCUGAGAUGUUUGUUAGAUGCAACAAGCUUUUGAUGAUAUGUGAUCCAGAUUUGUAUUACUACCAGUAGUGUACAACAUUCCAAAGUUUUUUUCUUUCAUCAAAGUAAGAAAUGAAAUUGUACUGUAGACACUUGUUCUACAGCUGUACAUUAUCAUAAAGACAGAGAUAAUUAACUACCAUGUAUUACAUCUGUAAUAACAUCAUAUUCCAUUAUCAUGUCACUUGCCUAUUCAUUGAAUUGCAUUAUCAAACUUACAUGUUUUGUUUAUUUUAAGCUUGUGAAUGAAGGAAGUGUACAGUGUAUGUGAUAAAACCUGUAUAUUGUUUAAAAAUUCUAUGAAAUAGAGAAAUUUCCUCUGACAGCUGAAAUACAUUUCAAAAUAGAAUAUGUUAGAUUUGCCCAAAUGAUAUAUGUGUGCUGUACAUAUAGAAUACAACUGUAUCUGUGUUUAAAUUUAAGAAGGUACUCUACAUCAUCAUAUCUGCUAAUUUCCUUUUUAAUCAUCGAUGAAAAUAUAGAUAUCAGGAAUAUUUGCCUAUUAAUUUCAACAUUCAUCGCCUAGCUGAGUAGGUUAGCACGUCGACUACUGAACUGUAGAUCGCGGGUUAAAGUCCAGCAAGGGUUUUAAAUUUUUUUCAGAUUGUUUUCUAUUAAAACUUCAUGUUUUGACUUUAGAAAUAAAGUAAAUUUGAAAGUUUUCAAUUUCAAAAUAUUGUUGUAAAUAUCCUCCACUUUUCAUCCCUAUCAAAUUUCUCUGGUGUAGGAUACCUCCUUAAAGAAAUCAUUUGCCUUUUUGCAUUUGUCUAGAUUUGUAUUGUGAACUUCAUAGAAUGGAAAAUGUUUUAGUUGUAUUGUUUUUAUACGCCCGUCUUAAGACGGGACGUAUUAUGGUAUGGCGUUCAUGUCCGUCUGUCCGUCCGUCUGUUAGCUUUUUCGUGUCCGACCCGUAACUUAAAUACUACAAGGCCUAGAAUCAUCAAACUUUGUCUGUAGAUACAUCUUGGGUAGAAGGUGUGUCGCACAUUAAAACCAGGUCACUGUGACUUUUUAUUAAGAAGAUAUGGCCAUAUAUGGCAAAAACUUGUCCGGCUCAUAACUUGAAAACUAUUAGACCUAGAAUCACCAAAAUUGGUCAACUAAUGCAUCUUAGGUAGAAGGUGUGUCGCAUCCUACUUUAAGGUCACUGUGACAUUUAAUUAAGGUGAUAUAAAAAAAAAUGUUUUAAUGGGUACAAUCUAUACUGUUGCUUAUUCAAAAAUGUUGCAUUAAAAAAACACAUAUUUUUUACGAUAUACUGUGCAGCUUUUUUUAGUAUAUAUAAUGUUUCUUUUGUUUCUAACAAUAACAAGAGAAAUUCCACUUGUCCCAUGGGAGUAGCAUGCAAAGAGCAUUUUGAUAAGAUUAAUUAAUGAGUUUAGUGUAAGGAGACUGUCUUAAUCAUUUCUGGUAGGUGUUAUCUACAUCUCUAAGGAAUUGGGCAGAGGAAGUUUAUUAAUUAAGCCUCUUAAUAACUGUUGAUAUAUUGGUAUUCUUUCAAAUUUGUUCUUGAUGGCCAGUCUAUAUUUUUAUUGUAAGUUGUUUGCUUGGAUAAAGGGCUAUCUUGCACUUUAAUCAUUUCAUUGAAAACAUUUGGGAAAAUGUUUUUAUAUCCUUUUAAAAAUCAUUAAGCUUACCUUAUCAAUAUUUGAAGCAAUGUCACAUGAGGCCAUAAAGUGGGUAAGAUUCUUAAAGGAAGGUUGACAUUUGGCUCCAUGCAUACCUAUCUCUUCAUGGUGAUAUGUUCAUGUUAACAAUAUGUGACGGGCGUAUCAUGUGCCGUGACGGUGCACUUUAUUACAUUUAAAUAGAUGCAAUGGAUGGAAUUUUGUUGAAUUUCAAUUGUUGCAAAAUUUGUCAUUUUUGGUACAGUUUUUGUUUUCAUUUUGAUUUGAAAAUGUUGAUGUAAUAAAACAUGUCAUAUAUUUUGAGAUUAUGGAUCUCCAAUGUUCACCGUGCUACUUUCUGUGCAGAAGACUGUGAUAUGAGUUAUCUGUUGAUAAAUAUCAUGCAAGAAUUAGAUAGUCACCAAUGUUCACGUUAGAAUCAUGAAUAAACAAUGUGUUUCAAAAUCUUUA